UAGUGUAUUGUGCUUGUGCUGUUCGUACGUUUUAAAUAAUAAUUCUAGAUUUAAAAAGAAGAAAAAAAUGUCGGUAUCGAUGGGCAAAAGAAUUUUUUCGCAUUUUUCUAGAAUUAAUUUAAAACGAUGUUCGAUGCAAAUAAGAAUCGGUAGGUUUAGUUCUGUCGCGAUUAACAACUCUUCCAACCUAGAAGAAAAUGCGAAAAGUGAUAUACCGAUUUCCGAACCUGGCAAAAUUUCUGCCGCAGUUUUGAAGAAAUUCUCCGAUCCGUUUGUUUUAGAAAAUCUUGAUUCUCCCAAAAUAUUGCAAGAAAAUGAAGUUCUUGUAGAUGUUCAUUAUUGUGCUUUAAAUGCAUCAGAUGCAUUAUUGGCAAGAAAUUUAUAUACAUUUGAACCAACUUUACCCAAGAUUCUUGGUUAUGAAUUUGUUGGAAAGUUGAUUCAAGUUGGGAAAGAGGCAGAGAAACAAGGAUAUAAAAUAGGAGAUAAAAUUGUUGCUCUCAACAAAGAAUGUUAUGGAGGUUUAGCCAAACAGUGUAUAGCAGCAGUUGAUGAUAUCUGGAGAGUACCAUCCGGAGUAAAAUCUGUUCAUGCAGUGAGUUUACUUGAUAAUUAUAUUACUGCUUUACUUGCAUUAGAAAGAGCAACUAACAUUCAAGAAGAAGAUAUGAUUUUAAUUAAUGUGGGCAUAAGUGGCAUUGGUUUAGCUGCAGUCGAUCUUGCUACAAAUGUAUUUCAAGCUGAGGUAAUUAGUGUUUGUGCUACUGAGGAUGUUGCAGCUCUUGCUCGAGAAAAAGGUGUGCUUGCAUCCUUCAAAUACAAAGAUCGUAAAUUAUUGAAACAAAUUGAGGAAAUAGCUGCAGAGAAAAAUAUUAAAGAAAUCUUUAAAGAUGCUGAUGGUGAAUAUUUUAAGAAAGUGUUAAGGUGUUUCACUGAUAUUUAUAAAAGUGAAGUAACUAUAAAAGAUUUGUUACGUGAUGAUAAUUUUGCUGUUGUACUACAUCAUCUAUCUCGUGAAGGAAGGGUAAUAAUUGCUGGUACAGCUGUGACUAUGACAAAGAAAGAUUCCGAAAAAUCAAAGAAUGGCUUUAGGAUUAGUGGAUUUAAUUUGGCAGAAUAUAAGAAGACGAAGCCUGAAUCAUAUCGUCAAGCUGGAGAUGAUGUUUUACAAUUUAUUGAAGAUGGUCUGAUUGAUCCGACUAUUGCAUUAACUGUUGGAUUAUCAGAAAUUAAUGAUGCUCUGGAAUUUAUUUUUGAAAAUAAAUCUCCAGGAAAAGUAAUUAUUGAUUUAAAAGAUAGAUAGACUAAGCUUAAAGGAAUGAAAUGUUGAAAGAUUCAAAGUUUAUAUUAGUAUAAAUAA